GAUGUAGGCAACUGCAAUAAAACCAUGAAGAAGCAGAAGCUCCUCCUCCUCCAGAAGCUAGCAGGUUGUAGCAGCAGCGCUGUAAACCAUCACCAGGCUAUGGAAACUUUCUUCCCCUCCUCAACAGUUUGACACCAGAGAAGAUAUUCUGCGGUCUUCGUGUCAAUCGGAGCUCCAGAAUCAGGUUGUGGAUUGAAGAGGUUCCCUCUAUCAGACUCGCUCAUCUGAGCUGGUCAUGAUGCAGGAUCGGUUCUUCUGAAGGGAAAACCAAGAGGAUCUGGCUGCAAACAACAAGAUGACGGAAAUGGCGCUGGUUAAAGAAGAAGCUCCUGAAGAACAGAGAGAUGGUGUGGAUCAGCAGGACCCAGAACAUCUUCACAUAAAGGAGGAACAGGAGGAACUCUGGAUCAGUGUGGAGGGAGAGCAGCUCCAUUUGAAGAAGGAGAUUGAUGUGGUCGAGGUUCCACUCACUACAGUUUCUAUAAAGAGUGAGGAUGAUGAAGAGAAACCUCUGUUCUCAGAGCUUCAUCAGCAGCAAACAGAAGACGGUGAUGUCCCAACCAGCAGCUCAGCUGACCAGAUUACAGCAGAAACUUGGAGGAGCCCAGAUCUAAACCCAUGUGAACAGACAGAUACUUCAGAGACGGAAGUUAGUACCGUGGAUGAAGAGAAUGGUGAUGUGAAUCUAGACUCUGAGCUGUCAGACUUCUGGCCUGAAAAUGACGAUGACUGGAAUGAGAGCAGGACUUCUGACUCAGAUGUUAAAAAAACUAUCAACAAAUCCUUUAGCUGCUCUGAGUGUGGUGAACAUUUUCUCCGCAGGUGGUCUCUCCAGAUUCACGUGAGAGAGACGAGUCAUUCAGCAAUAGGGUCUUCAGGCUGUUUGGUUGAUCAGAAAUGUGAUGUAGAGAAGCAACAUGUAGACUCAUGCAGGAAUGUCAAAACAAAACUAAAAUCCUUUGUUUGUAAUGACUGCGGAAAAGCAUUUAGGGGAAAAUCAAAUUUAAAGAACCACGUGACGGUUCACACAAGAGAGAAGCCUUUUGCUUGUGAGCUGUGUGGACAAAGAUUAAGCUGUAGGAAAACAUUAAACAAUCACAUGAGAGUCCACACAGGUGAGAAGCCUUUUGCUUGUCAGCUUUGUGACCAAAGAUUUAGCCAAAAGACAAGUUUUAACAGACACAAGAAAGUCCACACAGGACAGAAGCCUUUUGUCUGUGAGCACUGUGAACAAAGAUUUAGCCAAAAGACGCAUUUAAAUAGACACAUGAUUGUCCACACGGGACAGAAACCUUUUGCCUGUGAGCUCUGUGGACAAAGAUUUAGCCAAAAGGCAAGUUUUAACAGACACAAGAAAGUCCACACGGGACAGAAGCCUUUUCCUUGUGAGCUCUGCGGACACAGAUUUGCCCGAAAGACAACUUUAGACAUACACAUGAUAGUCCACACAGGACACAAAUAAGUCUUUAAAGUGUAAAAGUGUAAUGUGGUGUAAGUGGUUACUUUUAAUAUAUGACCAGUAAGAUGUGAUAUACCUUAUAAAUAUGAAUUAUCAAUAUUAUUGAUCUUUUGAAAUUUGAUCAGAGGUUAAAUCAGGUCUUUCUGGGAAAUCACACCUUUGUAACAAUUUGAAACAGAGGCAUAAAUAUAGUUUGUAAAAAUCUAUUUAAUACUUUAUUCCUACUACUAAUGAAUGAUGAUUGAAACAAGAUAACUGAGACAAUAAAUGAAAUGAUGGAAUAUGAGCUUAGAUGUUACGUAGCAAAAUCUCGUUAAGAAAAUUUUGAUGUCUGGGUUGUAAAAUAAGUGACUGUAUGGCUUAACAAAUAAUCAGUU